UCGCCAUCUAUCUCUGGACUUGAGUUGUGCAACAUGUUGGCACGUGCGUUCAGCGGUCUGCGGCUGGGUGUGGCCCGGCAAUCCGUGGGCCUGGGGUCUGUGAGCCAUGCGGCAGGUUUUGCGUCGCACAAGAAGAAUGACGACGACGACGACGAUGACGAGUCGGCCAGCAAGGAGGACGACGGGUGGUUCGACGAGUGGGGUCCCCGACCUGAAUACGACCCGGACAACUGGUUUGGGUUCAAGGGUGACCUCGACGAAGUGACCGAAGACGGCACGGCCACGUGGAUCCAAGCUGUGCGCAACAUGGCAGACAUCGUCACCGAGCGCGACCUGCUCAUCAAGCGCAAACGCCAAGAAGAACUUGCGAAGAAGAAGAUCAUCCGCGUGGUGGAAGUCGACGAGUUCGGACGCGCAUACGGCACUGGUCGCCGCAAAACCAGUUCCGCGCGUGUGUGGGUGAAGCGCAACGAAAACGACGGCCACGGCACCAUCCGCGUCAACAAGAUGGACCUCGUCGACUACUUUGCCCGCGACGCGCACCGCCACGACAUUCUGUUGCCGUUCUUGGAGAUCGACCACCUGGGCAACUUCGACGUGUACUGCACCGUCAAGGGCGGGGGGUUGUCUGGCCAGGCUGGCGCCAUCCGCCACGGCAUUAGUCGCGCAUUGGAGAAGUUCAACCCGGACUUCCGCCCCGCGCUCAAGGGCGCCGGGUUCCUCACGCGGGAUUCGCGCAUGGUCGAAAGUAAAAAGACCGGGCGGAAGAAGGCGCGAAAGUCGUUCCAAUGGGUCAAGAGAUAGAUUCGGCCGUUGUUCAAUAUACAUAACGCGACGGCAUCCCGUCGUUGCUUUAACCAGCCCUUGUCGUUCGA